AUGCACCUCCUCAGAGGUCUCAUAAACAACCACAAAAACACACACGGGGACGUGCCACGGUCACUGCCACUGAGAUGGAACAACCCCCACCAGCCUGGCUACAGAAGGAGGGGGGCAUUUUCAGCCAGGUACCCCCAACAAGCCCCCAGGGACUUCCAGCUUCACCAGAGUCACUCCUGGAAGAAAAAAUACUCCCUCGUCAACCGGCCACCGGGACCGGGGUUUGAUGCCGGAAGCGCUGGUGGUGCUGGCACCUCUCAGGCUUUUGGAAGUUAUGAGGAGAACCAGAGACCUGAGCCAGCAGAAUUGUCCCCAGAAAGACACGUGGACUUAACCACAGAUGGGAAUAUCGUUGUGGGGAUCCAGCUGCCUCAGAGGGCUGGUCUGUUGGAAGAUGGGGAAGGUUUGGCUGCCGUGAGUUCUUACGGGGAGUUUUCGGGGCUGCAGACGGUGGUGGCUGCUGCAGGGGGGGGGAAAGAUGUGCCAACACCCCAGUACAACAACCAGAAGGAAGAGAGAAGACCUUCCCUUUCUGUUUCCUUCAGCUCCUCUCACCGAUUUGUCAGCUCAGCCUACGUGGAUGUGGAGGAGAAACCCAGAAAGGUGCUUCUGGCCAGCGAGGUGGCCGGAACCUCCCCUGCCUCCUGUGGAAGCACCAGUGAAAGUGCUGUGACCUUGAAGUCAGAGCCUCAGGAGCCUUUGGUGUUGCCAGGUCACCAACCAGCUUGGCACUUGGUACAGAGGAAGGUGGAACCACCAGCUCCAGGACAGUCCAGUUGUGAGCAAGUUGGGGUUGUUUUCAGAGAGCCGAAGCUCCUUGGGAGUGGUGGGACGUGCUCUCAACCUGCUCAAGCUGCUGCUUCAGUGGUUGGGUUGGCUUCAACGAAGGGCAGGUUUUCCACAGUCCCCAAAGCUGCUGGUCUCCAAAGAGCUGCCUCGACAUCCAUCUCCAGCAAAGCUUCAAAGUUCAGGAAAACUAAUUACACGUGGGUUGCAAGUCCUGGUAAAUCCUCUCGUCCUGUGAAGAGAUGGGUCAGCCCAAGGGCUUCUGAAGGUGCUAAGAAGAUUGCUGGGGGAGUGGACAAAGGUUUUAAACUCUCACCAAAAGCAGAUUUGGGAGCAAAGCUGAAGAAAUCAGGACUGCAGUCCAAACUGGGUGUUUCUCCCAGCAAAUACAAAUGGAAAGCCUCCAGCUUGCAGACUUCACCCUCCACCUCCAGGUCAGCGUUCCGGUGGCGAUCUGAGGAUCAGAAGAAGCCUCCAACCCUCAGCCUCCCACCCCCUCUGAGCACUGGGUCUGUUGGUCUGGGUGGGACAAAACCCUCCGUGGGUGAUGCCUCAUUUUCCAGUUAUAAAGUGAAGAGCAGGACAAAAAUCAUCAAGAAAAAAGGGAGCUUGGGGUAA